AUGGCCGGUCAGCUCCUAGCUCUGCGCUAUGGCCCGCUCUGGCCCCCCAUCUCUGGGACCGAGGACCCAGGGUCCUGGCCCGACUGGCAUCUCACCAGCAGCGGCGUCGCCCACCACAUCAUCCCGUCCGUGCCCUUCCGCCCGCCCACGCUGCAGUCCACGGUGGCGGACCCCCUGCUUCCGCUCGCGAAGCCGCACUUGCACAUCUGGGAUUUCGACGAGGUCAUCAGCCGCUGGGAGACCACCUCCGGGUCGGCCCACGGGGUGCUCAAGACCCACGGCGGGCCCUACUCGCAGCCCAAGGUGCCGAAGCCCAAGGCCCUGGAGCGGAGCGUGGGGAUGAAGGAUUUGGGGGAAAAGCUCAGUCGCCAGGGCUGGUGCCUCCCGCUGAGCACCCGGCACCAGCGCAGCGAGGCCCAGGCGCACUUCGCGUGGCCCGACCUGCGCCUGCGCGCGCGGCCCCUGCGCUUCGCCGACCACCACUUCGCGGGCGUCUCCCAGACCGUCAUUCCCUGGAGGCAGAGCCCGGAGCUGGCCGGCCGGCCUCUGGCGGUCUCCAACCAGGGAAUCCUGGACCACUUCCAGCUCUACCUGCCCACCGCCGCCGCCGACUUCCGAGCCUUCUCCAAGAAGGAGUUGCCACCCUUGGACCGUGACCCCCAGAAGCCGCGCUGCCCGCGCUCCUGGCGGCCGCCGCCGCCGCCGCAGACCCGCGUGCCGCGCGCGCUCCCGGUGGCGCCGGCGGUGCCGCACCGCGGGGCGCUGUCCCUGGCGCGGGAGUCCUACGGCCUCCCGCUGCACCCGCUGCGCCGGCUGGACCCCUUCCUCCCGCCGGGGCUGGCCUGGCGGGCCCCGCACCGGAGCCCCGUGCCCCGCAUCCACAGCGUCCCGCUGGCCUACAGCACCGAGAACGCCCGCUACGGCAGCGCCCGGCCCGCGCUGGUCUGA